UACUCAUUCUAGUAUUGGACCAGUCAAGGGGGCAGCUCAACGAAGGCGCAACGGCGCCUACUUUUGGUCAUUUUUUUUCUUUUCUAAUUCAGUUUUCUUCCUUUUAAUUCACGUGGAUAACACCUUCCCAGCGAGGAGACGAUCGAAGAUGUGCGGGGUUGUUGGGAUCCAAGUCUCUGAAUCUGAUUUUGUUCCGUAGAGUAGUUUUCUUUUCCAGCCUAGAUCGGCCGGGGAGAUGCCCUGCUUCUUCCCGUGCUUCGAUUGGAAUGAUGAGGCGGCGGAAUUCGUUGGCGGCGGCCGUCAGGAGGAUGAGAAAAGGGAGGAGAAGCCAAUGAUGCCCCCGAGCGUUGAUAGAUUGCCUGCGGGGAAUGGAGAAUUGAAUGCUAGAAGAUGUUUUGAUUCAAAAAGAGAACAUGUGAAUGCUUUUAAAAAGGAACCCGCUAAUGCUUUGCACAAGAGACAAUUGGAUAGUUCAAAGUUGGAGGCAUUGAAUCAAAACAAGUGUUCUGGAAGUGAUUUUUCUGCAAGGACCUUCACCUUCCGGGAACUCGCAGCUGCUACGAAAAACUUUAGACAGGAAUGCUUUCUAGGAGAAGGGGGAUUUGGCAGUGUGCACAAGGGACGACUGGAAACAGGAGAAACUGUGGCUGUGAAGCUGCUGGAUCGAAAUGGGCUUCAAGGGAAUAAAGAAUUUCUAGUGGAGGUUCUCAUGCUCAGUUUAUUGCAUCAUCCAAAUCUUGUAAACAUGAUUGGCUACUGUGCUGAUGGAGAUCAAAGGCUUCUGGUGUAUGAGUACCUGCCACUGGGGUCAUUGGAGAAUCAUCUACACGAUCUUCCUCCUGACAAGGAUUCUCUUGACUGGAAUACAAGGAUGAAGAUUGCAGCCGGUGCCGCCAACGGAUUGGAUUAUCUCCACAAUGAGGCUAGCCCACCUGUAAUUUAUAGGGAUUUGAAAUCAGCUAACAUACUAUUGGAUGGGGAUUUUAAUCCGAAGCUAUCCGAUUUUGGCCUUGCCAAGCUUGGCCCAACAGAUGAUAAGUCUCAUGUCUCCACAAGGGUUAUGGGAACCUACGGAUAUUGUGCCCCAGAAUAUGCCAUGACUGGGCAGUUAACGGUGAAAUCCGACGUGUUUAGCUUUGGAGUUGUACUAUUAGAACUGAUAACUGGACGGCGGGCCUUCGAUAGCACAAGGCCGCAUGGAGAACAAAAUCUUAUCUUGUGGGUAAAGCCCUUGUUAAAUGACCGGAGGCGGCUUUCUAAAGUUGCUGACGCAAAACUCCAGGGUCGAUAUCCCAUGCGAGGGCUCUACCAAGCUCUUGCUGUGGCAUCAAUGUGCAUCCAAGAGCAUCCGGCCGCCCGUCCUUCAGUCAAAGAUAUCGUGACUGCACUUUCAUACCUGGCAUCUCAUCCAUAUGACCCCAGCACUUCGCCCAAUUCCAGUCUCCAACGAGGUGAGGUUGAGAAGGGUCGAAGAGAGGCAGCCGAGAGAAUCAAAACAUACCUGGAUGACCAGAAAUUGCCUACAGCGGAGAGAGAUGAUUCUCCUAAGGAGACGGCUACUUUCUUGAACCACCAGAAUUUUGAUAGGGAGCGAGCAGUGGCAGAGGCUAAGAUGUGGGGAGCAAAUUGGCGGGAGAAGAGAAUGGCUAAUGUUGAUCCUGGUCCUGCAAAUUCAGAUAGCUAAGUUCUGCUCCCUUUCUCUGUUCUGCUUUUUUGCUAGCUAGUGGAUUCAGUUGAAUUUGUAAUCGUAAAGAGACAUGAUGAGGUGCUCUAGAAUUUAAAUUGUGUAAAUGUUUUAUGCUUAGUAUUAUUUUUUAUUA